GACGUCAGCUUGCGCAUGCACACGGAAGCUUCCGCGUGAGAGAAAAUCUUGCCAGAGCGCGUCACUGGCAUGAUAAAUAGAUUAUUUAUUGAUUUGUUUUUAUUAUUUUAUUAUUAUUUAAUUGUUUUUCUUAUUUAUGACACCAUCUCCUCAUGCACAAUUCAGUAUUACGAAUUUUCAAACGGUUUCAUGAACCAAAGUUACUAAACACUGCAGUUGAAGCAAAGGUUCGCCACAUAGAUUUAUUGGUUGCUAGGAAUAAAGCUCAAAUAGCAAUGUUGGAUGACACGAAGUUAAGGGAUUUGGAUAUUCCUCUGCAACAAGAAAUUAAUAUGUUAUCCUGGCUAUAUACCGUAACUCCUGCAUUUCCAGUGAAUGGCUCCAAGAUCACUAUAAUUCACAAACCUCAAAUAUUUUACAACACUCUACUAGAAAAAUGUAAAAAUGCCAAGAAAAGAAUCACUCUGGCUUCGCUGUAUUUGGGCACUGGUGCACUAGAGAUUGAAUUAGUGAACACAAUACAGCAAGCGAUGAGCAGGAAUGGUAGCAACGUGCAAGUUCGGAUCUUGCUGGAUUAUAUGAGGGGUUCUCGAGGCAAGCAGAAUUCCCGAAAGAUGCUGGAGCCUUUACUAAAGGGCGAAUACAGUGAUUAUUGCAAAGUUUUCCUUUAUCACACGCCGAAAUUGCGCGGCGUCAUGAAAGCAGCGAUUCCUGAUCGUUUCAAUGAACUUAUCGGUCUGCAGCAUAUGAAACUGUAUAUGAUCGACGACGAUCUUAUUAUUAGCGGAGCGAAUCUUAGCAACGAUUACUUCACAAAUCGGCAGGAUCGAUACUUCGUCAUCGAAGAUUGUGGGGACUUAUGUGACUUUUAUCAUAAAUUGGUCGAGAAAGUGGCGGAAUUUAGUUUCUUGUUGCAACCAGAUGGCAAUAUGAGUUUAAGUCUCGCUCCAAACUGUCAUCCUUAUAAAGGAUCCCGGAAAAUCUUCACCAAAGAAGCCGCGUCUAAAAUACAAACGCUUUUUCAGAAUGAGAUAGAGAAGCGUGCUAAUCACAACAAAAAUGACGCAGACACGUGGAUAUUUCCAUUAGUGCAAAUGGGUCAGCUAAAUAUCUGUCACGACAGCGAGGUAACGUUGAAGCUCCUUCAGACUGCUCCAGCUGGUGCUACGCUCAAGCUGGCGACUGGUUAUUUCAACUUGACCUCUGACUACAGCCAGGCUGUGCUUAGAGAUUGCCAGGCAACGUGUCAUCUUUUAACAGCGCAUCCCACUGCCAAUGGUUUCUUCAACGCUAAAGGAAUCGCCGGGGGAAUUCCAGCGGCGUACACCAGAAUAGAAAAGUCUUUCUAUGAUCUCUGCGAGAGGAUGGAUCAACAGAGGAGAGUAACAUUAUGGGAGUUUGUAAAACCGGGUUGGACGUAUCAUGCGAAGGGUCUCUGGUACACCUUGCCGGGUCAACAACGACCUUCGUUAACCCUCGUAGGCUCACCGAACUUUGGCUAUAGAUCAGUGAAUAGAGACUUGGAAACGCAAGUCGCCAUAGUGACAAGAAAUGAGAAGCUGCAAGACGCGCUAUACAAGGAACAGGCGCGAUUGUUCUUUUGUGCCAAACCCGUGACGAAAAAGACUUUUUCCCAGCAAGACAGAAUACCGCCGGCCUGGGUGUGCGCGAUCGUACUCUUUUUCCGCUACUACUUCUGAAGUUAAAACAUCUUCGCAAGAACUUAAUGUUUUAAAUCUAAUUCCAAUUAUGUGCUCCCUAAUAAAAUUUGGUGCAAUAGAGCUUCUCAUGAUUGAUCUACGCGCUUUAAAUUUCUCGGAUAGUUUAUAUUACAAUCUAAAAUUUGAUUUCUACAGUCUUAUAUUCUAUUUACAAAUUCUAUUACACAUUCACUGUACAAGACGCGAGGGAACUUUUAGGUCGUAGGAUUAAAAGAAGAUUCAAUCUUUUUCUGUUGUGGAAUUGCAUAAAUUUGAUAUAUAUAAAUUUUAUGUAUACAUUCCAUAAAUUAAUUAUCUCGCAUGAGUGAUAAAUUAAUACUAUACUCCGGGAGGUGUAGCCGAUGGACAUAAUUGGUGGCACUAUUACUUCUUUGUGAGCUAUCCGAUAAGGGAUGUGGUAAAAUUUAACAUAGUUAUGGUGGCGGCGUUUCUUGCGUAGCGCCGGACACGCGGAAGCAGUUUUAACACGGAUAUUAUAAUGGUAAUAA